AUGGCAUUGGAGUGGCCAGGUCUGGGCCAGGACCAUCUCAUUUGCAUUCAGAAGCAUUUCAAAUCACCUUUGCAUUUAGAUGCUGCGUUUGAUGUCGAUUUGGGUGCUGCAGAGUUGAUUCAUGCAAUUUUUCCUGACAUGGUUGCUGAAGAAGUCAUGGACAUCGUGGCAACUCUGAUGGUUUGGAAGGAUGCCAAUGGCAGGUCAUGCAAGCGUGCCAGGCGUCAGGUUGUAGACCAUGUGAUGUUUCUUCCACUUCAGUCGGGGCCUCACACAGUUCAAGAUGUUUACAAGCGGUUGGUUCAGACCAAUGUGGUUUCUUUGAUUGAAGCACAUACAAAGAAGCGACAGAAGAUUCACAGGCUAGAAGCUGAAUCUAGAGCAAAACGUGCAGACGUUGAACGGAAGAAGUACACAUCACUUCUUGCUCAAGUGAUUGUUGAUGCUGAUUUGCCAGUGGUGGCAUUGAUCAGAACCUUGGAUGAUCCUCAGCAGGGAUGGGUCCAUCUGUUCGGAACUCGGAGGUGCAACACGCUGAAGAAUCGAUACAAGUCAUGGAGACCAUUUGCAGUAUGGUUGGAACUUCACUUUGGUCGCAAAUUUCCUGUCCAGUUGAAAGACAUCAUAGAUUACAUUCAACAUCGUGUAGACGAAGGUUGUGGUAAGACAAUUCCUGAAAGUUUCCAUACAUCACUGACACUGAUUGAGCAGCUUGGUAGAGUUCCUGAAGGGGAGCGAUUGUCAGAUGAACAGUUGUGGCUGGCCCACAUCAAGGCGUGGACAGCGGAGCUGGCGGCUGACUCCCCGCCGGUCAAACCUGCAGAGAUGUUUACAAUUGCAAUGUUGCUCUCUUUGGAAUUGGUUGUUGCAGAUGUUUCCCAACGCCUGUUCUCAAGAGCAUUGGCAUGGGUGGUGCUUGUGAUGAUUUGGGGGUCCAUGAGGUGCGAUGACGUGCAGUCAACUUUGCCUCACAGGACAACAUUGUCCAAUUACGGGCUGCGCAUGGUGCUGGGCAAAUCAAAGACGUCGGGCCCUGACAAGAUACAGAAGGAGGAUAGUUCUUUGAUCAGCAAGCUGCUCAGCGAUUUACCUGUGCCCAGGAAGCAGGGUGACAUGUGGGUGGCAAACACCGGAGGGCUGUUGCUACCGGAUGGACUGGAAACCCAUUUUACGGGACACAGUCCACGGAACUUUCUGACAUCUGUGGCGGCCGCCAUCGGGUUCCACAAGGACCAGAGGGCAUAUUUGGGCCGCUGGGCAAUGGGUAUGGUAGCUUCAGAGGAGUAUGUCCGCACAUCGCGUCAGGUGGUGUUCACCAUACAAAAGGCUGUUAACAGAUCGAUUGUGACAGGCUUUGAUCAGGAAUAUUUUGAGGAUGAGGCGAUUGACAGACUUUGCAAGGCUGCAGAAGAUUCUGGAGCCAACCGCAACAGGAUUCGGAAGAAGCACAUGGUGUGCUCCAGCCUCUCUGGGAAAUUUUGUCUUGGGGGGACAUUCCCCACUUUGGAGGUUUUGCCAGAUGAUUGGUUCGAAAUUGGUGAGAACGAAGAGGAUGAGCUUACGUUGGCUGCGAACAUCCUGGAUCAGAAAACCAGAGAUGAGGCUACGUCGAAAGAGCAGUCAAAGUUCUUUGUCACCAUUUCGAGGCGCACAGCAUUUCGCAGGUUGCACCUCACUGGAUGUUUUGUCAAGCCGUCCAACUGCACUGAAGUCCGUAUGUUGGACGAAGUUACCAAUGAAGAUUUUGACUCAAUCUGCAGAGCAUGCAAAAGGAAGAUGUUAGCUGAGAACGGGAAGGAUGUGAAUCCUGAGUCAAGUUCGACGGCAUCAUCGUCGUCCACAGGAAGUGCAGAUGACGUCGCAGGCUAA